CUGUUACUAGGUUGGAGCGAUGAUAUGUUAGUAUGUGGGGUUAUACAAGUUAAGACCUUUGCUUUCCUUUCAGCAUUAAUCUAAGGAAAAAGGUGGUGAAAAUCUCAUCAGUAUUUUCUUUAUCAGGUGAAUUGAAAAAAAUGGAUUUUGCCAUGGGAGCUGCAGGUGGAUCUGGAGAUGAUGAUAAACACAAGCACAGUCACAAUAAGAGCUCAAACAAAGGGAAAAAGGCCUACCAUGGUCACAACUCUGAUAGAACAUCUAAGCUUGAAGAAAUGUUCCGGAAGUGUCCACAUCCGACAAAAAGCAUAAGAUUGCAAAUGGCAGAAGAACUGGGACUUGAGCCAAAACAAGUAAAAUUUUGGUUUCAGAAUAAGAGAACUCAAAUAAAGACUCAAACUGAGCGAAUAAAUAACAAUAUCUUCCGUAUUGAGAAUGAAAGGAUACGUAAAGAUAACCUCUUGUUGAGAGAGGCAUUCAAAAAUAUAACUUGUGCAACUUGUGGAGGUCCAUCAAACGAUGAAAAUCGUAAACAUUCUCUAGAACAACUUCGUCUUGAAAAUGCACGUCUUAGAGAAGAGCUUGAGAGGCUGCCUAAUGCUCUUGCAAAGUACAUGGAUAAAUCAGUAUUAGACCUAAACAUGAUGAACUACACUCUUAUGAGGGGAUCUUCAUCGCGUGCUCCGUUAAUACCUGGAAGUUAUCUGAGACUAAAUGGUUCAUGUGAAGAUACCAUGCUCAAUCGUGGGAGAAGAAUAACACAAAUGGAGAAAACAAUGAUGUCACAAAUUGCAGUGACUGCUAAGGAAGAAUUAAUCAAGCUUCUGUGUACCAAUGAACCCAUAUGGGUCAAAUCUUCAGAUCAUCAAAGAUUUGUUCUUCAUCUAGAAAGCUACCAAACAUUCUUUCCAAGGAUUAAUCACUUCAAGAAUUCCCAAGCUCGUGUAGAAUCAUCAAAAGAUUCACUGGUUGUGAGAAUUCAGGCAAUGAAAUUAGUUGACAUGUUUCUGAAUUCGGAACACUGGACAGAUCUUUUCUCAACAAUUGUUACAAAAGCUCGCACAAUCAAAGUAAUUGAAAAUGGUUCAAACAGAAGUGGAGUUUUGUUGUUGAUGAGUGAAGAGAUGCAUGUUCUUUCACCUUUAGUUCCAUCUCGGGAAUUGUUCUUCCUUCGUUAUUGUGAACAAAUUGAAGCACAUUCAUGGGUGAUAGUAGAUGUUUCUGUUGACUGCACCACCGGGAACAACAAUCCUACAUAUUGGAAGUUUCCCUCUGGAUGCAUAAUUCAUGAAAUUUCAAAUGAGUUGUGCUGGAUUUCUUGGGUUGAACAUGUGGAAGUGGAUGAGAAGAUUGAAACGCAUCAACUAUACAAAGAUAUAGUCAAUAACAGCAUUGCAUAUGGAGCAGAAAGAUGGCUUUUGGAACUUCAAAGAAUGUGUGCAAGAUUUACAAGUUUUGGAGAUGAAAUACCUGAUUAUGACAUCAAUGGAGUGAUAACUGCUAUGGGAGGAAGGAAAAAUAUGAUAAAGUUUUCUCAUGGAAUGCUGAAAAACUUCUAUGGAAUUUUAAAUAUUUCAAGUAAGACAGAGUGCCUUGAACAUUUAGCUGAGGAGAAUACUGAUAUUAUGGUUCUUGCUGGGAAAUACACAAAUCCAAGCCAAUCAAAUGCCAUGAUUAUAUUCAUUGCUACUGCUUCUUUUCGGCUACCUCUCCCCUCGGAAUAUGUUUUUGACUUCUUUAGAGAUCCAACAAAACGUGCUAAGUGGGAUGUUAUGUGUUGUGAGAGUCCAGUGCACGAAGUUGCACGAGUCUCUGUUGGAACUAACCCUAGCAACUGCAUAUCGAUUAUACAGCCUCUUCACCGAACUGCUAAUAACACGGCCAUUAUUCAGGAAAGUUAUAUUGAUGCUUUGGGAUCAUAUGUUGUGUAUUCUCCUGUGAAUAUAUCUGACGUAAAGAUGGCUGUAAAUGGUGAAGAUCCAGCAAGAAUGUCAAUCUUUCCAUCAGGCAUUGUCAUAUCAAAAGAUGUUCAAUCUAUCACACAUGCUUCUGCAUGGAGUAGUGGAAGUGGUGAUAAGAGAACACACGGUACUCUAAUGACUAUGGCUUUUCAAAUACUGAUGAAUGGUCCAACAACUAUGGUAGCAGAAUCCAAGACUGUUAUUAAGUCUCUCAUGACCUCAACAAUACAAAAUAUAAACCAUGCUUUGAUAAAUGGUUCUAAUCUAGAGUUUUAGUAUUUUUUUCCUUUUUAUAUAAGAUGAUAUGAAUGGAAGUUUUGCUUCCAGAAUGUUG